AUGAUCUUGUUGUGGUUGUGGAUAGGGGGCUCAAUUGCCUCGGCUCAAGUGGAUGCAUCGCCACCACCUCUAGCAGGAUCACGCCGUCUGCUUUCCUGUCCGCAUGCAACAACAGCAGCGGAAUCCUCGGGGGUGUCGCCGGAGCCGACCCCGUUCCCCUGGGACAGUCAUGGCGCUCGUGCGCUCAUGCGACGGGCGACGACGUCCUCGGCCGAAGCCAGCGUCUGUGGCUACUUUAAUGGCGAUAAGAGUAAGCCUUUCGAUUAUUACAGCAUAUGGGCAUGUCUAACCCCCUCAGAUUCGCGCCUCGACUGUGGUUACGGCUGGAACUGCGUCUUCCAUGCUAGUAACGCGGCCUAUCCCGCCCUCGUGGGCUGCUGCCCGGUCUCUUCGACCACCCAGUGUCAAUUCCUGACGACUUGCUAUGACAGCGCGCAGGUCUCGGCCACCGCGUCGCUGCGCAGCCAGGCAACUGACCCCUUCGUCACCCUGUGCACGGAAAGCGACAAUGCGUAUUGCCAUACCUGGACGUGGCCGGAUCUCGACAUGACCGACUACGCCUGUACCUACGCCAGCUCGCCGGCGGUCGAACGGAUCCAGACCGUCGGGUCAUUGACGGAUGUCACUGAUAGCCAGGACCAGACCGUCGAAACGCUGUCCAUGUCCUGGGUUGACGAUUCGGUGCUGAAGGCCAUCGCGGCUGUCACUUCGGCAGUGUCCACUACUGGAACGUCGGCCACGUCGGCGGGAACGGCGGCUCCUACUGAUGCGUCUGAGGAGCAAGGCUCAGCUACGCCUGUCGGAGCAAUAGUAGGUGGUGUGGUUGGGGGUGUGGUGGGUGUGGGUUUGAUCGUUGCCGCUGGAGUCGUGUAUCGCCUGCGGAAAAAGAAGGCAGCGACCCGUGGUGCAGACGCCAAAGCCCUGGGAGGGCUGUCGGGGUCCAGAUAUGCAGAGGUUGAUGGAAAGGAUCAGUGGUAUGAACUGGAUUCCAGGCCGAUGGCAGCGGAGAUGCCGGCGCAGCCAGCUCGGCAUGAGUUGGAAUGA